AUGGCAACCCAAGCCCACUGCGCAUACUGCUUCGAGACGCUCGCCGCCAGCCUCGAAAAGCGCCCGCAACUCACGCUCCCCGAAGUCGAAGCCCUCUGGUCCAAAUACACCGAAGACCCCACCACCACCGACCCCUUGCAAUCCCCUCCCGCCACCGACUCCCUCUCCCCACCCGGCGCCAAACCAGCUGCCAUAUCCCGCCUGCUCGCGCCCUCGCCCUCAUCCAGUCUCUCCUCCACCCCCAGCGGCACAAGCAGCGCAACCAGCCUCUCGACCGCCACCGACGACUCCCCGCUCUUCGUGACAUGGAACACGGUGACCAAGAGCGGCGAGAAGCGUCUGCGCGGCUGCAUCGGCACAUUCGAAGCGCAGGAGCUGGGCGAGGGGUUGAAGAGUUAUGCGUUGACAUCUGCCUUUGACGACACCCGCUUUUCGCCCAUCACCGCCUCCGAACUCCCUUCCCUCCAGUGCGCCGUCACGCUCCUGACGAACUUCGAACCCGCAUCUACGCCCACCGACUGGGAGCUGGGUACGCACGGCAUACGCAUUAGUUUCGCGGACAAAGGGAGACGGUAUGGCGCCACGUAUUUGCCGGAUGUGGCGGUUGAGCAGGGCUGGGAUAAGGAGGAGACGCUGGUGAGUUUGAUGCGCAAGGCGGGGUGGAGGGGGAGGGGGGACGAUUGGAAGGCGCUGGAGCUUAAGGUUGUUAGGUACCAGGGGAGGAAGGUGGGGAUGGAGUAUGCGGAGUGGAGGGAGUGGAGGGGGUGGGUUGAGGAGGAGAUGCAUGAUGAGGAGGAGGAGGAUGAGGAAUGA